AUGAAGUUCACCAAACCAGCAUGGGUCGUGCACAAGGAUUCAGCGAAGUCAGACCAGGGCACGAAAAGACUCUCCAUUUUCUCUGUUCACGUCCACCCAGAUGGCUCACGAAUUGCCACCGGAGGUCUCGACGCGAAGAUUCGAAUAUGGAGCACGAAACCAAUCCUCAACCAAGCCUCUGAGCUGUCCGGCAACCCGCCUAAGUCGCUGUGUACACUGACGAUGCAUACGGGCCCGGUUCUAACUGUACGGUGGGCGCAUUCCGGGAAGUGGCUGGCAAGUGGCAGCGAUGACGAGACUGUGAUGAUUUGGGACCACGAUCCGAACGCUCGCGGGAAGGUCUGGGGCUCAGAUGAGGUGAAUGUUGAAGGCUGGAAGCCCUUGAAGAGGCUGCCAGGUCAUGACAGUGAUGUUACUGACGUUGCUUGGUCUCCGGGAGACCGUUAUCUCGCGUCGGUGGGACUAGAUUCAGCGGUUAUGAUUUGGUGUGGCUUCACGCUUGAACGCCUAAGAAGAAUCGACCAACACCAAGGCUUCGUCAAGGGUGUGUGUUGGGACCCCGUCGGAGAGUUCCUUGCCACUCAGUCGGAUGACAGGACCGUGAAGAUAUGGAAGACAACGGACUGGUCUCUGGAGGCUGAAGUGAGCAAGCCGUUCGAGGAUUCACCGGGCAGCACAUUCUUCAGGAGGCUGAGCUGGUCUCCCGAUGGUGCACACAUAACGGCCUCGAAUGCAACAAACAACAAGGGAUAUGUCUUUAUUGCUGCUGUUAUUACGCGCAAUACUUGGACAUCUGAAAUCAGUCUCGUUGGACACGAGAACACAGUCGAGGUUGCAUGUUACAACCCACAUAUCUUCCUGCGAAAUCCGGCCGCGCCAAUCUCGACAUCGAAUAUCUGUUCCGUUGUUGCCCUUGGUGCUGAUGACCGAUCCGUGUCUGUUUGGCAAACCAAAUCCGCUCGGCCUUUGAUUGUCUGCAAAGAGGUCUUCGAACGGCAUAUUAUGGAUUUGAGCUGGUCAUGGGACGGACUGACGUUGUAUGCUGCAUCCUCCGACGGCACGAUUGCAGCUUUCCAGUUCGAUUCCCAGGAACUCGAGGGCAUUGCGUCACAUGUCGACCAAGAACAAUACCUUGCGAAAUUCGGCUUUACCCCACCUCCAUUACCAGAAGGGUAUUCUCAUAUCUCGAACCAAGUCCUUGCAAGCAUGGCCCCCGUCCAGAUGCAACAAGGAAGCGACUUUGAUUCAGGAAGCAAUGGGCCAGAGAAGGUCAACAUUCUUGUCGCGAAACGAGCACCCAAGAAGCGCCUUGGCCUCGUCUCAGCACCGAAUUCGUCCGCCGUCCCGUCCGCGAGGGUGAGUGGGCCGCUACCUCUUCCACCAGCGCCGUCUAGUCAUGGGCCUAUCAACGGCGUCCCAAUCUCAAAGCGUGCUCAAUUCAACCAAGCACACGAAAUCAAACCUCCCUCCCACGCUAUUCCAUCUCCCAUCAGCACGACCUUCUCAGCCUCCUUCCCACCUCCAUCCGAACAGCCCUUCAUUGACGCACCACCCGACAGUUGGUCGCGACAUGCCGAUCUUGGCCAGCCUAUGGACAUGGACAUUGGGCCCAUCAGUGCAUUUGACACUGCGACGCAGAACGCGCCCGUGUCAACGAAGGGCAAGCGGAAGGCAUCGAUGCUGGGUGAAGCAGCGGACGAGAGGAAUAUCAAGCCUCGCACGCUGGGAGGAGAUAGACCGAUAGAGACCCAUGUGCCAAAAGCUAUCUCGAGCUGGGCUGGUGGGCUGGUCCCGCCUCCGCGAGAGAGCCUUACACCUGUGUGGGCAAGUGGGUCAAGAUCAGUGUUGCCACCUCUGCCACUUUUGACAUACUUGACCUCUGAAGUGGAGGGUACUGGAGAUUUCCUUGAAGCCAAAAACAUCGAGGAAGCUGGAACGACGGAGGUCGCAUUUAUCAGCGGAAAGUCGACGGAAUGGCUUGAUUAUUUGCCGUCUCCUGUGCUGGCCUUGAAGGCUACGACUGGUUUCUCAGCCGUAGCUAUGCAAGAUGGGACGGUAAAUGUCUAUUCAGUGACUGGACGAAGAACAAUGCCGACGCUGAGUCUUGGGAGCCCUGUUUCCAUCAUGGAGGGAUCCAAAAAUGCACUACUCGCAAUCACAGUCAGCGGGCAGCUUUAUUGCUGGAAUAUCAAAAAGCAAACAGCUAACUUUACACCAGUCUCUAUUCUCGGACUGUAUGGAAUGUCGCCAAACGUCUCCCUCGUGUCGGCUGGCGUACGUGAGAAUGGAACGCCAAUUCUCAAUUGCUCGAAUGGGGUGGUAUAUUCGUACGAUGCAGGCCUCUGCACGUGGACUAAGCUCGCAGACCGCUGGUGGGCUGAGGGUUCGGACUUCUGGCAGGGCAGGCAGCGGGGCAACUCAAGCAUUGCCAACCGUGGCAUCAUGUCGUCCAUUGAGAGCAGCAUAGCUGGAGCACCUGACGAGAGCGCCGCGGAGAAACCCCGACCGAGCUGGUGGAGCUCCGCGUUGACAUUGGGUCAUCUAGAAACUAGGAUGAUCUCGACGAAGGUGUUGGACAGCCCGGCUGAGUAUAAACAUGCGCUGCUCGUGUAUGCCAAGAAGAUCGCGGACGAGGGUUUUAGAGGGAAGGCAGAGGAAUUGAUCAAGGAGCUUUUUGGGCCCGUGUACUGGCGACCUGGAAAGGAAGACACGUGGAAUUAUACUGUCAUUGGCCUGUCGAAACGUGAUUUACUGAAGGAUGUGCUAUCGGUGUUUGCAAGAAGCAAGACGUUAUCGACACUUGCCGUCACCUGGCAGGACAUUCUUAAAAAAGCUGCGAAUAACGAACAGUUUACCUGA